AAGAGGAUCUUCCUAAAACGACUAUCGUCACCCCGUUCGGCGCUUGGCAGCACCUUCGGCUCCCGAUGGGACUCAAUGGUGCCGCGGCUAGCUGCGCCCGCAUGCUCGAUAUUGUUUUGCGCGAUCUUCCCAAGGGCACGUGUCAUUCCUACUUUGAUGAUGUUUGUUUGGGUGGUAAGACGUUCGAGGAGACACUUGAGAAGCUCGAGCUAGUUCUAGACAGGCUCCACCGAGCCGGUCUCACGAUCAAUCUGGAAAAGUGCUCCCUGUUCCGUUCGAGUGUCAAAUUCUUGGGACAUGUGGUGGAUGAGAGUGGCUUGUCUCUCGACCCCGACCGUGUGAGCAAAGUGCGCGACUGGCCGAUUCCGCGGACAGCCAAGCAGCUCUCCUCAUUCCUAGGGCUGGCUGGUUACAUGCGCAAAUUUGUCAAAAAUUUUGCGAGCAUCUCUGCACCGCUCUUCAAGCUGUUGCAGAAAGACGUGAAGUUCCAGUGGUCAGAGGAGGCGCAGUUCUCGUUCGACCGGCUUCGCAAAGCCCUCAGUGAAGCCCCAGUAGCACUAGAGAACUCGAACAGAAGUCAUCAGAAGAAUAAGGAGAUUUAUGAUAGAAAGCUAAAUGAGAAUAGUUACCUACCUGGAGACAAAGUGUAUCUGCACAAGGGAAUCGUUCCGCGCGGUCAGUAUUAUAAGUUUUUGCGUCCUUGGAAGAGAGCAGUAGUAGUAGAUCAGGUCGGUCCUCUGAACUAUAGGAUCAGACUAGAAGGAGCUAGGUCUACGCUCAUCGUACACCACAACAGGUUGAAGCCUCGAGUGGAUACCGGAGAAGGUGAGUCACCGGUGACCGCACCGACAGCGUCCGUCUCACGGGCGGACCCCGCCGCGAGACCACAGCCGGCUGUCGGGACAGCAGCAGGCUUGACCUUUCCGACAGGCCGAAGGAGGAUGGAUGGUGUCAGUGACAAUCAGAGGGUAAGUGGUGCGCAGUGUGAAGGUAGGCCUAGUUGCCAACCAGCUGACGCCGCUAGUCUUGACGACUCAGGACCGCCGGCCCUGUCCCUGCUGAAUCCGUUCGCCAUAUCUUUCGCCCCACAGACACCCCCAGUUCAGACAGAGACAGCGCGUGAGACACGUGAGAUGCCAGAGGGAGUCGCAGAACCGAUAGCAGGUUCAGCUCCGACUGGAGCAGCAGAGGUGCCGCCCGACGUGGCGAACACUCAGGUUACCGCAGAUAUGCGCAGUCCCGAAUUGCGUAGGUCAACACGAGUAGUCAUUCCUCCCGACAGGUAUUCGCCGUGAUUUUCCGUUGUGGGUACCUAUCACACAGAGCUGCUGUGUGCUGCUGUCGUUUUUAAUGUUUAAUACUGGGUGAAAGGCAAUGACAUUGGGCGAUAACUUGACUUGUGAUUCCUAUCGUAGUAAGAACAGCUGCAAGCGAGCCUUAGUGUUACCUCUGUACAAUGGGCACCUAGGUAGUUCUCUAGCGAAUGGAGAAGCGCACGAGCUGAGCUGCAAUACGGAGUUAUUCAGUUGAGACCGAACAUGUUUAGCCGUCCAGUUAAAAAAAAAAGUUCCUUUUUCGUAGGUCGAUGCGUUGUAUUGUAUGUGUAAAUAAUCGAGAAGUUUCUUCGCGUUAGGGAGGAAGGGUGUAAGCGGAUUUCCGCUUACAUGUUAUGCGAGCG